GAGAGAGAGAGAGAGAGAGAGUUGUUAUUGUACAAAAAGAAUUACAGGGAAAAUGGAUAGGAUUUAUUUGGAAAAAAAAAAUCAUGGGCGUAGAUUUAGGUGCGUGCGAGGAAAAAACGCAGAAUCUGGCACCUUUCACCAAUUGGAGAUACUUAAAAUCUCCAUUCCCCUUUAAACCCUUUAAUUCCGGUAACUCACGCCAUUUUCAGAGGGCUAUUUAAUUCUAAUCUCACCAGUCACCAGUCACCCCAUCAAACCCUGGAAACAAACCCUGAAAUGCAAAUCCCCGACUUGGAUCUGUACGAGCUAUCGGACGCUCGCCGCCGUGCCAUCCGAGACCACGUUUACGAGAGGAGCAAUGUCCGGGGGUGGAAGGAGCCGUUGUGGAGGCUUAUGUUUCGAAUGAUUAUCACGAUGACGGGGAUCUUCGUCUUCGCCCUGAGCGUCAUGUUCGCAGGAUACACAGCGUCUAUGCACGUGGUAUGGUGGUGGACCGGCCACGCGCCGAUUUGCGUGGAAUUUCCGAAGAACUCGACGGUCGCGUCGCGUUGCCUAACCCAUCUGGAGAAUCAAAUCGGUCACGCCGAGAUGAAAAUUGAUGAAAGCAUCCUACAGCUCCGGCGAGAUCUGGAGAAGAGGAUGGCGGAGGAGUGGGGCGAGGUGGAUCUGAUGCUGGCGGAUAUGGCGCGCGUUCUGGAUAGGCUCGCCCAGAAGCUUGAUGAUGGGUACAGGAAAGUGUCGAUUGGGGUGGAUUUUGAUGGCGAUUAUGCGCAGGCGUCGAGGGGCGGGCGGGUUUUGAGGCAUUCGGAGCCUGAUGAUGUGUUUUGGAGGUGGGUUUUGUGGUGGAUAUAUCCGCGGAUGGUUAGCGUUGAAGCGGAUAAGAUGAUCAGUCCCAGUUUCGGUUUGCCAGGCCAUUGUUUUGCUCUCAAGGGCACCAGCGGAUUUGUCGACAUCAGCCUCAGUGCUCCCGUUGUCCCACUAGCUGUCACAUUGGAGCAUCAAACUAAGGGAACAUCUGGUGAUGAUUGGCUAAAUGCUCCCAAGCAAUGCAGAGUUUAUGGGUGGAUGCAAGGCAAAGACCCGGUUGGAAAGUUUGUGCUGACCGUGUUUACGUAUUAUGUAGAGAAGGGCCACACAUUUUUGGUGGUGCCCUCUAUGCAUGAUGUUAUGAUCGAUACAAUUAGGUUUGAGUUCUCUUCCAACCAUGGGAACCCAUCUCAUACGUGCAUCUACCGGCUGAGUUUAUUUGAAUAUGCUUCCCAGUGCUAUUGUAGGUUGAUCCAGUUUGUGAGACGAGGCGAUCGAGACGAGCCUCCCCACGACUUAGUGGGGCACGUCCAAAGGGGCUUCUGGCCUUCGGCGACAAGCAUGCCCAGUCGCGCGAUGUGCUCGGUUCAACCUGGAUUGAAUCAGUUUUUAGAUCAUCUAAGCGACAUAGUUUUUUUCUUCAGCCCUGAAUAUUUCCAAAGAACCCACCCAUGGCAGGCGAGCUUGGGGAACUCAAAACCACCAGAAUUGGCUAACACACGCCCAAGUGGAGCAAAUCUCUUGCGCCGAUUGCUACAUAAAUCGGGAAAAUUUGCGGGGAAAGAGAAUAUUAGUCUCGGUAUAUCGAGAAAUCCAUCCAAUGACGGAAGGUUGGGCAAGCAACGGUGA